GUUGCAGCCAUAAACAGGAGGACCAUCCCACACAUAUGAUCUGUGCUGUCUCCCUCCUCCCUCAGCUCUCCUCUCCUCCUCCCCACUGCCUGUGCUCGCCUAAGCUAACUCAAACGGCGAGAGCCCUUCCGCGAAGCCCAGGCCGCUGCUCUGAUUGCUGAGUGAUUGGUCAAUCACUCCCGCCUACUCCACUCCAUCCGCUACCGCCUACACCGCUGCAGAUCCUCUCUUAGCUUCUCUCGCCGUCUUCGCCUCGCUGGUCGUUCAUCCGAGCUGCCGGCCGGCCGGCGGCGGCGGCUCAGCGCCGUUCCUGACGGUGUGCUUACAAGGGCGGCUAGCUGUUGGAACUUGGAAGCCGCGUGGAGGUGCGCUCGUCGGCGAAGCGAAGCCGCGUGUACGUGUUGUUGUCCCCCACCGUUUUGCCAUCAAUCAUCGAUCAGCAGCAGUCGUGAUUGAUAGAGAAGUGCACAGUUAUAGCGUCGUCCCAGAAUCCCUGCGCCAGUCGUUUCAGCUCCCUUCGGAUCGACCGGCGGCGGCGGCGAUGGACGCUACCUUCGGCUGGGCCAGCGCUGGCCACCAUGUCGAUGACUACUUCUCGAGCCAGGUUGGAUGCGGCCGGUUUGAGAUGGACGAGCCCUUCGUCGGCGCCUGCUUUGGACAGCUCCAGUGCGACGAGGUCGUCCUCGCCGGCGGCGGCGGUGGCGACACCGGAGCGUCGUGCCAGGUGAGCUCGAAUUGCGGCGCCUUCGAAGGCGCCGCGAGUAUGGACAGUGACCCCCUCGCGUUCUUGGGCGCGGGGACGGGGGACUCGUUCGAUGCCGGCCUCCUCGACGCGGCGCUCGCGUUCACCAGGGAGCUCGGCGACACCGGGGCCGUGUCGAACGGCCCCAUGCUCUCCAGCUACAGCGGCACCACCGGGGGUAACAUCUCCUCCGGGGAGUCGAACAACUACAGCAGCGGGCUCGACGCCGAGGUGGUGUCGCCGACGUCCAUCAUGUCGCCCACCACGGCGCCGCGGCCGCCGUUCACCCACGCGUCGUCCCCCCACCACCAGCAGGAGCUCCACGCCAAGAGGAAGGUGGCCGACGAGUACCCGGUCGGCAACGCGACAACCGCGCCGGCACCAGCGCUGCUCCCGCGCCCCGGCGGCGCGAAGCGGCGUGCGGCGACGAGCAUCAGCUUCGGCCAGCAGGGCGCCCAGCACAGCGCGCGCGACCCCGCCGCCGCCGGGUACGAGCCGGACAUGGAGGCGAUGGCGCAGGUGAAGGAGAUGAUCUACCGCGCGGCCGCCAUGCGGCCCGUCAACCUCGGCCCCGAGAUCGCCGCGGCGGCGUCCGCGGAGAAGCCCCGGCGCAAGAACGUGCGCAUCUCGAGCGACCCGCAGACGGUGGCGGCGCGGCUGCGGCGGGAGCGCGUGAGCGAGCGACUCCGCGUGCUGCAGAAGCUGGUCCCCGGCGGCAGCAAGAUGGACACGGCGUCCAUGCUGGACGAGGCGGCCAGCUACCUCAAGUUCCUCAAGUCCCAGGUCCAGGCGCUGGAAACCCUAGGCACCAGCAGCACGAGCACGAGCACAAGCAGCGCGCCAAGCAGGUCGUCACAGAACUACAACUAUUUCGGCAGCAGCAGCAGCACCCCGGGCUUCCUUGGAUUGGCGAGAAGGAGCAGCAACAUUUCUCCAGCUGGGUAUGUAAAUCCUAACGGAUCGACGAAUACUUGCAGCAAAUUGUUGUAGCCGGUAACUGUUCUUGUAUGACUGUGCCUGGUGGAUUAUACACGUAUAUAACACGUACGCAUGCAUGUUGCUGUUUCAUCG